UGGCGCUGACAGUCUUCUAUUACGUCCGCAGAGUAGCUGUAAAUUCUGCCGGUUUAGUAGCAUUUACCUCAUUCAGUUCAAACUAUCCAGAGAAGCAGUCAUGAGCGGAAGAGGCAAGGGAGGCAAAGGACUCGGCAAAGGAGGCGCUAAGCGUCACCGUAAAGUGCUCCGUGAUAACAUCCAGGGGAUCACCAAGCCCGCAAUCCGUCGUCUGGCUCGCCGCGGCGGCGUGAAGCGUAUUUCUGGUCUGAUCUACGAGGAGACCCGCGGUGUGCUGAAGGUAUUCCUGGAGAACGUGAUCCGUGACGCCGUCACGUACACCGAGCACGCCAAGAGGAAGACGGUGACCGCCAUGGAUGUGGUGUACGCUCUGAAGAGACAGGGCCGCACCCUGUACGGCUUCGGAGGCUAAACCGGUUCAACCUGCAACAAACACAACGGCUCUUUUAAGAGCCACC